AUGAACAAUUCUAAGCCUGAAGCAAGAGAACUUACUUAUGUUCAGUUUCCUUCAAAAUAUGUGUGGAAGUUAAAAGAUCGUUGCUGGCAGCCACGUCAAAAUUAUGUUGUUAUUGGGAGAAUAUAUUCUGCGUCUCCUUCUCUUGGUGAGGCUUAUUAUCUAAGAAUUCUUCUUACCAAGGUUAAAGGACCAAGAUCAUUUGAAGAAAUCAGAACAUAUGAAGGUGUUGUUUAUCCUACUUUUAGGGAUGCGUGUUAUGCACGUGGCCUGUUAGAUGAUGACAAUGAAUAUAUCGAGUGUAUUAAAGAAUCCAGUUUCACUGGGAACGGUCAUUAUCUUCGUUCUUUGUUUGGAACACUACUUUUGUCUAAUACGCUUUCAAGACCUGAAGUUGUUUGGGAGAAAACGUGGGAGCUAAUGUCCGAGGACAUUUUAUACAAUAUGCGGAAAGAUACUGACAUGAGCGGAUUUGUUGUAUCAGAUGAACGUUUAAAGAAUAUAACAUUGACCAAAAUCGAAAAAUUUCUUCUUCGUAAUGGAUCCAGCUUGCACAGGUUCUCAACGAUGCCUUAUCCUGAUGAUGACUAUCUAAUGUCUGAGAGCAACCGUUUGAUAAAUGAGGAGCUUUCUUUUGACACUGAUGAACUUAGGGGUGAGUUCAAUAAUCUUCACAGCUCUCUAAACGAAGAUCAAAGAGUAGUGUAUAAUGAAAUUAUGGAUGCUGUUCGAAGUGGAAAGGGUGGUAUGUUUUUUGUGUACGGUUAUGGUGGUACGGGCAAGACUUUUUUGUGGAAAACUUUAGGUGCAUCCAUUAGAUCCACUGGACAGAUUGUUAUUAAUGUUGCUUCAAGUGGUAUUGCAUCUUUGUUGUUAUCACGAGGUCGUACUGCUCACUCACGAUUUCAUAUUCCUAUUAAUCUCAAUGAAGAUUCGGUCUGCCAUAUAAAGCCUAAUACUGAAGUCGCUAAUCUUCUAAACGAAGCCAAGUUGAUUAUUUGGGAUGAGGCACCGAUGGUACACAAACAUGCUUUCGAGGCUCUUGAUCGUACAAUGAAGGAUGUUUUGAGUGUAUUUGAUUCACGAAAUUCAGAACUUCCAUUUGGUGGAAAAGCUAUUGUCUUUGGUGGUGACUUUAGACAAAUCCUACCGGUUGUUCAAAAUGGAAGCAGGCAAGAUAUUGUAAACGCAUCUUUAUGUUCAUCCCACAUCUGGUCCAGUUGCAAGGUGUUAAAAUUGACAACCAACAUGCGUUUAUCGGUAGGAUCCAGUAGCUCAAACAUCGAGGAAAUAAAUCUAUUUGGUAAAUGGCUUCUAGAGAUUGGCGAAGGCAAUGUUGGUGAUUCUAACGAUGGUGAUUCUAAUAUUGAAAUACCUGAUCACCUUUUGAUAACUGAUGAAAAUGAUCCAAUUCAAGCUUUGAUUGACUUUGUAUAUCCUUCAGUUUUGGAUCGUUUUAAAGACCGUGACUACUUUUCUGAAAGAGCUAUACUCGCUCCUAAGAAUGAAGUUGUUCAUGAGAUAAAUGAUCGUUUGCUUGCUUUGUUUCCGGGUGAAGAGGUAGAGUAUCUUAGCUCUGAUAGUUUAUGUCCUACUGAGGAAAUUAAUGAUCCGUUACAUCAAGACUUAUAUAAUCCAGAUGUGUUAAACAGUGUGAAAGUAUCUGGAUUACCAAAUCAUAGAUUGGUAUUGAAAUUGGGUGUUCCUGUAAUGCUUUUGAGGAAUAUUGAUCAGCAAAACGGUUUGUGUAAUGGUACGCGUCUUCAAAUCACACGUCUUGGUAAACGUGUUAUCGAGGCUGAGAUAUUAUCGGGAAGUAAUGUUGGUUCAAGAACUUACAUCCCAAGAAUUAGCAUGAUACCAUCUGACAAAAAAAUACCCUUCAAGUUUCAACGAAGGCAGUUUCCAAUAACCGUAUGUUUUGCGAUGACUAUUAACAAAAGUCAAGGACAAUCUCUAUCCAGAGUUGGUCUAUACCUUAGAGACCCCGUGUUCUCACAUGGUCAGCUUUAUGUUGCUUUGUCGAGAGUAAAGACUAAAGAUGGCGUUAAGGUUCUUAUAUUCGACAAAGAUGGGAGACCAACAAACAAAACUGCAAACGUGGUUUACAAAGAAAUUUUUGGGAAAUUGUAG